GGAAGAUGGGACAGCCCCUCAUGUCAUUAUAGUCUUGCUGUAUGGCCUAAACUUUUUGACGUGCUCUGAAACCAAUUCCCCUGCUUUUUCAUUUCCAUGGCGUCCUCUUCAAAUGUUAAUGAAAAUCAGAGUGUGUCUCAAAAUGCUUUGCAGGAAGUGUGACGUAUUUAUUAAUCAUCGUGGACUUGACGUUAAACACAAACUUGCGAGCAAUAUCUACUUUGCUCUUGAUGCCAUUGGAUUACGCCCUUUUCUUGAUGUAGAAGUGCUUGAACCAGGCGUGGCCAUACCAUCAACAAUACAAGAAGCUAUGACAAGUGCUUCUCUUCAUAUUUCUAUUUUGUCCCACAACUAUGCCCAGUCAUCUCGGUGUUUGGACGAGCUAUCCUUUAUGCUCAGAACGGGCACCAAAACCAUUCCUAUAUUCUAUCAUGUGGAGCCUUCUGAUGCCCAAUGGGUUAUUCAAGGCAAAGGAAUCUAUGCAGAUGCAUUUUCUGAGCAUGAAAAGAAGGGAAGAUUUGGUUCUGAGAAGAUUGAGGAGUGGAAGAGGGCGCUUCAUGACAUUUCAUUUCUCUCCGGCCAUGUAGUUAAUGACGACAUAGCUGAAGGGAGGCUGCUGAAGAGUAUUUGCAACGAGGCACUGCAGACCAGGGAUGGAUUUCCAGUGAAAAUUGCCAGAUUUCUAAUCAGAACGGAUGAACACAUGUCUCGUCUGCUAGCUGAUACGGAUGAAGAAUCUGAAAAUUCUGAGCAGGAUGUUGAAGAGUCUGCGAGUGAAUGCUCAGAUGACAUUCUUUCAUCAAUGGUUGAUAGAGUUAGAGGCUCUGUAAGUGCGUGCUUAAACAGGGUUGAAGUGUCUGUGAAUGCGUGCUUAGAUAGGGUUGAAGGUUCUGUAGCUAAAUGUGUAGAUAGGGCUGAAGGGUCUGUGAAUGUGUACUUAGAUAAGGUUGAACAAUCUGGAGAUGAGCCCAUCGAUGAACUAAUUGAAAGGGGUAUGAAGAGGGCAUUCAUAUGGUUCACCGAAGAUUAGCUCGGCAUUCAUAUGGUGUACUUGUAUUGUAGCGUAUUUCAUUAAAAUUGGGGGCUGAGUUUAUCAUGAAUUUAUCUAAGGGGGGAGGAAGGGAAGGGGUUUGAAGAGGGCAUUCAGAUGGUUCAUUGAAAAUUAGUCUUGGCCACUUACUGACAAGGGCUGUAUUGCAAUGCAAUUCCUAUCAAAUAAUUUUGUUGGGGGUUUGAUCUUUUAUUGCAGUAUAGUAAAUUAUUUAAGGGCUUGAUCAUGAAAUGUGUGGAUGUAUGGAAUAGCUAGCAUCAUUUAAAGGUCAAAUACAUGAAAGCAAAAGGUGUUCACUUUCCACUUAAAUUUAUGUAAGUCUAAGAGUGA